AUGGCAGAGGUGAUAGGUACUUUCAUAUUGAUGUUUUGUGUAUGUGGAAUUAUUGCAAGCACACAACACCAAGACAAUGCAGUGGGUCUUCUAGAGUAUGCAGCUACAGCAGGAUUAACAGUGGUUGUGAUAAUUUUUUCUAUUGGCCAAAUUUCUUGUGCACAUGUUAACCCAGCUAUCACAAUUGCCUUUGCAACAAUUGGUCAAUUUCCAUGGUUCAAGGUUCCGAUUUACAUAAUAGCACAAACAAUAGGUUCUUUGAUGGCAACAUAUAUUGGUAGCCUUGUCUAUGGAAUAAAAUCAGAUGUUAUGAUGACUCAACCACUCCAAGGUUGCAACUCUGCCUUCUGGGUGGAGCUUAUUGCAUCAUUCAUCAUCAUGUUUUUGGUUACAGCUUUGACAUCUGAACCUCAAUCUGUGGGACAUUUAUCUGGUUUUGUUGCUGGAAUUGCAAUUGGGCUUGCUGUACUAAUCACAGGACCGGUUUCGGGUGGAUCAAUGAAUCCAGCAAGAUCACUAGGUCCAGCAAUUAUGUCAUGGAAAUUUAAGGACAUUUGGAUAUACAUUCUAGCCCCAAAUUUAGGAGCUGUUGCAGGAGCACUAAUGUUUCGUUUCCUACGUCUACAAGACCAACAUUGCAAUUCCGCAAACAUGAGGGAAGUUGGUCAUCCCAUACCCUUUUGUGCAAGUUAGUACAUGAACAUGAAAUACCAUGGUUUUAGACCAAGGCAAAGAAAGAAAUCACUGAAUC